GAAUUCAAACGUUGAAAACCUACCCCCACAUGUGAUUCGCCAAGUUUACAAAGAGGUUUUCUACUUUGACAUCUGAUCCUCCAGAAGGAAUAAAGAUCAUUCCCAAUGAAGAAGACAUAACUGAUGUGCAAGUCAGCAUUGAAGGGCCAGAGGGGACUCCAUACGCAGGUGGUAUUUUCAGAAUGAAGUUAAUCUUGGGUAAAGAUUUCCCAGCAGCACCUCCCAAAGGAUACUUUCUUACCAAAAUAUUUCAUCCAAACGUUAGUUCCAAUGGAGAAAUCUGCGUCAAUGUUUUAAAGAAAGAUUGGAAGGCCGAGUUGGGCAUAAGACACGUCUUACUG